AUGAGACUUACACGGUCAAAGAAUCGCUCUCCUUCCUCGGACGACUCGUUUCCUACUGGACAAUUCCUUAUAAUCGCAAUAUGUCGUCUGGCCGAGCCGAUCGCCGUUACGGCCAUUUUCCCCUACGCCUGGAUCAUGACCAAGCAAUUUGGCAUGCCUGAUCCUUCCUUCUGGGCUGGCAUCCUUAUAGCCUCCUUCUCCUUCUCCGAAGCGCUCUGCUCGCUGCUAUGGGGAGGACUUUCCGACCGCAUCGGCCGAAGGCCGGUCCUCCUCCUGGGCUGCUUUGGAACCAUGAUAUCCCUCCUGAUUGUCGGAUUCUCUACGAGCUUCACAAUGGCUCUCGUCGGACGGAUCUUUGGCGGUGUGCUGAACGGAAACAUUGGUGUCAUACAAACCGUGGUUGGAGAACUCACUACCAAACCAGAAUGGGAGCCCAAAGCAUAUGCCGUCGUGCCCUUCAUCUGGGCUAUUGGCACCAUCAUCGGCCCGGCUAUUGGUGGUAUUCUCGUAAAUCCCGCAACCUCCUACCCAGACCAUUUCUCCGAAGAUGGGCUAUUUGGUCGCUUUCCUUACCUACUUCCCAACCUUGUGUGCGCUUUCUUUAUGCUCUUUAGCAUGGUGAGCGCCUACAUCUGGUUGAGGGAAACACACCCAGAUCUCAAGAACAACAGCACACAGCCCCGCCGUGGUAGCUUCUACCAAAGCGUUACCGAACAGACGCCGGUCAUCAGCGCUGGGGGUGCUAUUGCUGACAACGCCGUCGAUCUGAACUCGGACUCGUAUGGGACAUUUACUGGAGUCGAUGUUCAAAAGAACGAGCGAUGGCGACUGAAUGAAGAUGGAACCUCCCGAGAACCCUCCAUCAGCGACAACAGCGCGGGCAAGUGGCUCACGAGAAAGAUUGUUAUGCUCACACUGGCUCUCUCGAUCUACACAUACCAUUCGAUGUGCUACGAUCACCUCCUUCCCAUCUUCUACCAGGACAAGGCAGCCAAAGGCGUUACGGUCCUGGCCGCCAGCCCAUUUGAUAUCCGCAGCGGACUAGGGUUGUCCACCAAGGCUGUUGGAGUGAUCAUGUCGGUCAAUGGGGUCAUUGCCCUCUUCAUCCAGGCUGUCAUUUUUCCAUUUGUCGCCGAACGCCUCGGCACUUGGCGAGUUUUUGUUCUCGUAACGGUGUUACACCCAGUUGCAUUCUUCAUUGUGCCAUACCUGGCAUUCCUUCCCUCGACCCUCCUCUACCCCGGCAUCUACACCUGCCUAACGAUUCGGAACUUCCUCUCGAUUCUCGAUUAUCCCGUGCUCUUGAUCUUACUCAAGCAAGCAAGCCCUUCUCCCACCUACCUUGGACGAAUCAACGGUCUUGCUGCUUCAGCUGGCGCGGCUUGCAGAUGCGUGGCGCCUCCUAUCGCGGGAAUUCUGUAUGAAUGGGGUUCAAAUAUUGGAUUCACCGGUCUGGCAUGGUGGGCCGCUGGAUUUGUUGCGAUUGUGGGCGUUUUCCAGUUGUACUUCGUGCCGAGGCCCGCAAACGAAACAACUGUGUACAAGUCGAUGGUCCCUUGUCUUGAAGACCCCGCGAAGAAUAGGAUUUCGGACGUGGUUGACGUUACCGUUGUUGACGACGAAGAAUAA